CUUUUGACAAAAAAAUCUCCUCCAUCCUCGUCUUCCCCUCCGCCAUGAAGGAGGUCGCACCCUCCUCCUCCACGCUCCACUUCCCCUCAGACAUGAACGAGGACGAACCCUCCUCCUCCACCCUCCUCUUCCCCUCCGCCAUGAACGAGGUCAGACCAGGCGUGGUUUUGGAUCUCGACGAUCCUCCUAGUCGCUACAACAGAUUGGGGAAAGUCACUACCGUCGGGGUGGAGCAGGGAAUCGGAUGCGGAGGUGCUGAAAAGGAGGCGGGGGUGGAUCUUGGCAGUCAUCUCCGCUGUCGGUCGGGGCGGAGCAGAGCAUCCCGGGCGCAAGGGGUGCUGAAAAGGAGGCGGCGGUCGGUCUUGGGAGCUCGUCGGCACUCACGGCCAUGUGCCUCUCGCCCGGUAAUCUCAGAUCCAGAACGGAGACAUCGUUCCUUUUUACGUGUAUGACUUGAUGCACUUGAGGGGAAACAAUGGUGUCCGCCCGAGGCAAUUCAUUGAGACUAUCGAUGACGACUGAGAAAAAAUGUGCCUAUGCAUGAUAUGGGGGCUGUCAAACAUGCGUCUGGUGCAAAUAAUCAAGAAAAAAAAGAUCCGUUAUGUACCCUUUUGUUGCGAUUUGGAAUCUUGGUAUGCAAACACUACUGUUUGCUUUAAUCAACAAUUUGAUCUGUUGUGUAUCCUUUUGUUGUUGGACCUAUAUUUCUCUUAUGAUCUUUUUCUGAACGCAAGAAGCUUUUGAAUAUGUGUGUGGAUGACUACUGUUUUUUC